GAACAUCAAACUGAAAUGCGACGCUAUCUCUUUAAUCACCAGAACAAAGAUGGAGGGUGGGGACUGCAUAUAGAAGGUCCCAGCAUAAUGUUUGGCACAGCUAUGAUCUAUGUAGCAUUGAGAUUACUCGGAGAAGACAUCGACGGUGGAGAUGGAUCCAUCGAAAUAGCAAGAAAAUGGAUUCUUAAUCGUGGCGGUGCCACUUCUAUUCCUUCAUGGGGAAAAAUAUGGCUUUCAGUACUUGGCGUAUACGAAUGGAGCGGAGUGAAACCAAUCCCUCCAGAAAUAUGGCUUCUUCCCUACUUUGUUCCUUUCCAUCCAGGAAAAAUGUGGUGUCACACUCGAGUUGUAUAUCUACCGAUGUCGUAUUUAUACGGUAGACGAUUUGUUGGACCUUUCAGUGCCAUUGUUUUAUCUGUCUUGGUACUAAACAUGAUUUGUUGUUGGUUGGAGAAUCCCAAUUCUGAGGCAUUUAAGUAUCACAUUUCAAGAAUCAAAGAUUAUCUAUGGCUGGCUGAGGAUGGAAUGAAAAUGCAGGGAUAUAAUGGUUCUCAAUGUUGGGAUGUUGCUUUAUCUGUUCAAGCUAUUUUGGCUACUAAACUUGAUGAUGAAUACGGUUCGAUGCUUAAGAAAGCUAAUAAUUUUAUAACACACUCACAGGUGACAAUGAACAGGUCCGGCGAUAGUAAUAGCUGGUAUCGCCACAUUUCGAAAGGUGGUUGGCCUUUCUCAACUCAAGACAAUGGUUGGUCUGUAUCAGAUUGUACUGCAGAAGGCUUGAAGGCAGCCAUUUUGUUGUCAAACCUGUCAUUUGAGACUGUUGGGAAUGCAAUGGAAACCGAACAGUUCCGCGAUGCGGUCAAUUUUAUUUUAUCCCUGCAGAAUAGAAAUGGUGGAUUUGCAUCCUAUGAGCUCACAAGAUCAUAUGCAUGGCUGGAGAAACUAUAUCCAACUGAAACAUUUGAAGAUAUCGCCAUUGAUUAUCAGUAUGUAGAAUGCAGAUCAGCAGCGAUUCAAAGUCUCACCUUAUUCACUCAAGGAUAUCCGCGGCACAGGAAGGUGGAAAUAGAGACCUGCAUUGCCAAGGCUGCAGACUUCAUUGAAAGCAUACAGCUAGCCGAUGGCUCAUGGUAUGGAUCAUGGGGAGUAUGCUUUACAUAUGGGACAUGGUUUGGAAUAAGUGGGCUUAUAGGUGCAGGUAAGAGGUACAAAGACAGCAAAAGCAUUAGAAAGGCGUGCGAGUUUUUGCUUUCGAAACAACACAAGAUUUCUGGUGGAUGGGGUGAGAGCUAUCUUUCAUGCCAAUACAAGGUAUACACAAACCUGGAAGGAGAUAAGUCUCAUGUAGUGAACACUGCUUGGGCUAUGUUGGCACUAAUUGAAGCAGGCCAGGCGGAAAGAGAUCCCGCUCCGUUGCAUCGUGCGGCCAAGGUUUUGAUCAAUUCACAAAUGGAAAACGGGGAGUUUCCUCAACAGGAAAUAAUGGGAAACUUCAACAAGAAUUGUACUAUAAAUUACUCAGCAUACAGAAACAUUUUUCCUAUAUGGGCUCUUGGUGAAUAUCGAAGUCGGGUACUGCUUUGUCUCGACAAAAAGUCGAGAGCAACUGCAUAAUAGAAAUAAG